AUGGCGGCGCCGGCGCCAGGAGGCCCCGCUCUGGAUGCGCAGCAGCUCCCGGGCGCUUUGUACCCACCACUGCCCGCUCUGACUCGCCAUCCUGUGUCCUCGCAGCAAUUCUGCGCCCUGACCGACGUGCUCUUCCGCUUCCUCACGGAGCCCAAGGAGGUGGAGAGGUUUCUGGCCCAGCUCUCGGACUUCGCCACCAUGAACAAGAUCAGCCUGGGCCCUCUGAAGAGCAUCGUCAAGAGUGUCCUGCUGGUGCCCAGCGGUGCCCUGAAGAGGAAUCUGUCUUCCGAACAAGUCCGGGCAGAUUUUAUUGCUCUAGGACUCAGUGAAGAGAAAGCCAGCUAUUUUGCAGAACAGUGGAAGCUGAACUCCCCCGCUCUGACCCGGCUGGCUGUUAGUCAGACACUGAUGAUUAACCAGCUGAUAGACAUGGAGUGGAAGUUUGGAGUGACUGCUGGCAGCAGCGAACUGGAGAAAGUGGGAAGUAUCUUCUUACAGCUGAAGCUGGUGAUCAAAAAAGGAGGCCAAAUGGAAAACGUAUACAUGGAGUUAACUCUGCCCCAGUUCUACAGCUUUUUGCAUGAGAUGGAACGGGUCAAAACCAGCCUGGAAAGCUUCAGCUGAAACUGCACCAGCCUCAACAGGCAGCUCUCCAGGGUGCUCGGUU